GAGGUGACGAAGUGUUUUUUUCAGCGUAAAAUAAAUUUUCAACUGUUCGCCGACUCGACCGGUUUUAAUUAGCGCCGGCUACGUCUUUCAUCGAACCCAAAAAGAGACAAAACAGUUUGAUUCCCAUCCUCUUCCUUUUGACCAGUUGCUGAGAUUUAUCCUUUUUCUUUAAAACCGAGAAUGGGUUUAACGAGGAACAGAAGAAAAACGGAACCAGAAAUCGUCAUUGCCAGGGAUUCAGAGUCAAGUUCGUCCGAAGAGGAAGAGGAAGAGGAAGAAGAUGAUUACCCUUUGUCGGAGUCUGAGAAAGAAGAUGAAGCGGUUAAAAUCGAAUUAGAGAAGAGUAAAGCAAAAGGGAAAGCACCCAUUACCGUUAAGCUCAAGAAAGUUUGCAAAGUCUGUAAACAGCCUGGUCAUGAAGCUGGAUUUAAAGGAGCAACUUAUAUAGAUUGUCCUAUGAAACCUUGCUUCUUAUGCAAAAUGCCUGGCCACACCACAAUGUCGUGUCCCCAUAGAGUGGUUACUGAUCACGGGAUACUCCCAACUUCUCAUAGGAAUACAAAGAACCCUAUUGACUUUGUGUUUAUGCGUCAGCUCCAACCGAGGAUUCCACCGAUUAAACCACCGUAUGUGAUACCAGAUCAAGUGCAUUGUGCAGUUAUUCGAUACCACAGCAGACGUGUUACGUGUCUGGAGUUCCAUCCAACAAGGAACAACAUUCUUCUCUCUGGAGAUAAGAAAGGGCAAAUUGGAGUGUGGGAUUUUGCUAAAGUGUAUGAGAAGAGUGUGUACGGAAACAUACACACUGUACAAGUGAAUAAUAUGCGAUUUAGUCCCACAAAUGAUGACAUGGUUUAUUCUGCAUCCUCUGAUGGAAAAGUUGGUUAUACUGAUCUGGAAACUGGAACUUCAUCAACUCUGCUGAAUCUAAACCCCAAUGGAUGGCAGGGCCCAACUACUUGGAACAUGCUGUACGGUUUGGAUAUAAACUCGGAUAAAGGUUUGGUGCUAGCUGCUGAUAAUUUCGGAUUGCUUCACAUGAUCGACCAUCGGUCAAAUAACGUAACGGGCGAGCCCAUUUUGAUACACAAGAAAGGUAGCAAAGUUGUUGGCCUUGACUGCAACCCGGUUCACCCUGAGCUUCUUCUUAGCUGUGGAAACGAUCAUUUUGCUAGAAUCUGGGAUAUGCGUAAACUACAACCUGGAGAAUCUCUUAAUGAUCUUGCGCACAAGCGAGUAGUCAACUCUGCUUAUUUCUCUCCAUCAUCAGGCACAAAGAUACUCACAACCUCUCAGGACAACCGUAUUCGAGUAUGGGACUCCAUCUUUGGGAACUUGGAUUCGCCAAGCCGAGAGAUUGUUCAUAGCCAUGAUUUCAAUAGGCAUUUGACACCGUUCAAAGCUGAAUGGGAUCCUAAGGAUACCUCGGAGUCACUAAUUGUGGUUGGUCGUUACAUUAGUGAAAACUACAACGGAGCAGCUCUUCACCCGAUAGACUUCAUUGAUUCAAGCAAUGGACAGUUGGUUGCAGAGGUCAUGGAUCCGAACAUAACGACUAUUACUCCAGUCAACAAGUUGCAUCCGCGCGAUGAUGUUUUAGCCUCAGGAAGCUCAAGGUCGCUGUUCAUUUGGCGGCCACAGGAGAAAACAGAGAUGGUGGAGGAAGAGAAGAAGGAGAAGAAGAUUGUUAUAUGUUAUGGUGACGGCAAUAAGAAAGGAAAAAAGCAAAAGCGUGGCAGCGAUGAUGAAGAUGAUGACGACGAUAUGUUUAGUAGCUCUAAGGGCAAAAACAUAAAGUCUCAAGCCAAAACAACCAAAUCUACUCGCAGGAAAAAGGCUUAAGAUGAAGAAACAAGGUGUUCUAUAUGUAUUAACUCACUUUAACUUCUUUUUUUUUGUAGGUUUUUUUUGGUACUUGCUCUGUUUUACUAGUAUGCUGUUAUGCCUUUGGCCGGCGAUUUUGCUUUGAUUCUAUUAAGGGCAUGAUCGGUUUUAGUGUGAACUUCUGUUUGGUGUUAGCUAAAGUAAGAAUAGCAGUUAGAAAGAAAACAGAUUGGUCUCGAAUUUUCUCUCCUGUUUUUCCUC